AUGGCCGAGGGUGAAGGCUUUGAUCGUCGGCGAGCAGUUUCCUUAUUGCAGGAGGCAACAAGGUUGAUUGGAGAAUAUUCUGGCUCAUCAGAUACGUCAACAACCCAAUUUUUAAACAGUGAGCCUAUUCAAAACGCGAUAUCCCAAGGCCAACAACAGCAUCAUCAACGAACGGACAAUAUAAACCAAAGGCAAAACAUAUCAGGUAGUACCGAAAGUAAUACAAGUUCAACCCCUUCGCCAUUGCUGGUCAACAGUGUUAGGGAAUGAUCGCUAGGUAAUUUUAGAGAUCUUUUUGCUCCUUAUGGAAGCAGUAACCGAAGAAGUCUCAGUUCCUCACACCAAUCAGCUCAUCCACCAAGUAAGCGAAAGAAACAAAAUGCUGUUCCGAAAUUUAAAGUGUGUGAAACGUGGACACACACAUUUUUUUGCUUGGCCAAUCGCGAGCAAAUUGUGGCUCCCAGUAUAGCUCUCAAGACACGCUUACAACAAGCUGGCUUAGGCCGGAAAAAGAUUUGUUUUAACUGGAAAGCGACUGCGGCAGAAGUGAAAACAAAGCUGGAAGAGAUUUAUCCAAAGUUAGAAAAUGGCGGAGGCUUUGAAAUUAUGAGGCGUGGUCCACAAGCCAAUGAGUUGAUGGUCAUACAGCCACCACGCAGUGGAUACAGCGUACCAUAUCUAAGGGAUUCAGCAGGGUUGGGGCAAGCCAUUGCCUUCAUUCGGCCAAUACAAACUAACUUAGGCAUGGAACCUGAAGCACUUAUGGACAGUUCUGAGGUACUGUGAACGCUUAACAAAAUUCAUAAAACAUUUUUGCGAUUGUUUCUAUCAGAAAUCCUUAAUCUCAUAUCCCCAACCUUAAAACCAUUGUAAGCACCCCUUGAGCAAAACAUUGUAAGCAUGGCUUGAGCAAAACAUUGCACCCCUUUUUCUCCUUAGGUUGUUUUUUAUGACACAACAUUAUAUAUGUAUAAUUCAAAUUUUGAUACAAUAUACAGGUAUCAGUUGAAAGCCAACAUUUACAUGGAGAGAAUUUCUAAGGAGGGUCUUUUGCAAACGAUUAAUAUCACUGUUCUAAAGUACACGAAGUAAGUCAGUUUUUAGAUUUUUAAAGUAUACAAAUAUAUAUUUUAGGAUACUGGUUCUGUUCCUUUGGUAAAGUGUAUGAAUUGUGAGGUUGAAGUAUUGAUUACUGAGAUCAGGGAACAUCAGCAAAUUUGUUGCAGAGAUGAUGAACUGUGAGUAUAAUGAAUGGUUAGAGAAGCCCUAUCUUCUGUAAAAGGAAGCUUUUUUUCAGAAUAUAUAUUAAAUGCCCAUGCAGGGGCAGGAUCAUUAUGGCCUACCAUUCUUCUCAUCUAACCUAUGAAUGCAUCAACAAUAGUAUGUGGUAGAUAAAUUGAAUGAGAUGUUAACCUUAUAACUUUUCAGAAGAGUGCAUUGAUGGGUUAAAUAUGGCCUCUCAGCCAUUGGCAGGAUGCUUGUAUAGUUUUUUCCAGCUUGAGGUUUCCAUAACUUCAUUAAAAUUUAUGUCCUGAACAGUGGCGUAGCCAGCCCGACAAUUUAGUCCCACUAUGCAAAUUCAAAAUUAUUAUCAUUAUUAAUUUCUUUAGAAAUUGAUUGUUUUCACAGUCAAUGAACAUGGAAAUAUUUGCAUAGCGGGACCAAAGAGUCGGGCUGGCUAUGCUACUGGUCCUGAAGUUAUUAGAGAUGCCUCUGAGCUGGAAAAGAGUGACUGAUAUGAGUUUUUUUUAAAAAAAGUUUAUAAUAAUAAUAAUUUAUUUAAAACUGAUUUUGUAACCAAUAGGUUAAAUAACAUCAGAAAUUUACGAAAUGGUUCCGAUAAUUCUCUUAAAUACAGGAGUUACCCAAGGUUUGUCAUUGUCAUGUAAUUUGACAGUUUUUAUUGGAAGGAAACAAUCCAAUUCGGCAUUUAUGAUGUCUUGGAAGAGGUCUAAUUUUUGUUCACAAGAAAUAGUGCGGCAUAAAAUGUUCCAAUUAAAAUCGGUUAACCACUUUCCAAAAGCAGUUUUUGCAGCAUUAUUUCCCUGUCUGAUUUUUACUUUCGUGUGGGCGUUUUUAGUUGAACCUUCCUUAUAUGAGCAUAACACUGAAUUGUGGUCGCUGCGCCCAACGGGUGGGAUUACCAAGGGGAUGUUACAAAAGUCUGACAUGUUUGUCAAAAUUAAAUCCAAAAUAGCAUUCCCUCUCGUAGGUUGUUUAACAAUCUGUUUUAAAGUAAAAUGUCUGAGUAUUGUGGAAACUGGACAUUUGUUAAAAUCCCCAACUAAUAUUAUGCCAGCAUUUGGGUACAUGGAGAGGGCAACAUCAAGCUUUAUGGUAAGGUGUUCGAUUAGUGUGUUGUUGUCGCUGGAUGGUGGGUGGUAAACCACACAGACAACCAAACAUGAGAAUCCUCGGAACAGUUUGUGAGGUCUCAGGUAAAGCCACAGAGUUUCGAAACAAACAUCUUGCAAACAAGUUAGAAUUUUAAAGGGGAUCUGUGACUUUAUAUAAGCACACACCCCUCCUCCAGUCCUAGAUUUUCUAUCACGACGUAUCAAGGAGUAGCCAUGUAUUUGGACUGCGGCGUUGUCAAUGUUUUCAUUUAGCCAUGUUUCUGUGAUAAAAGCUAAACUGGCAUGAUUUAAUUUAAGAAUAGCAUCUAAUUCAUCAACUUUCGGCAGAAGUGAUCUGACAUUUGAAAGGAAAAAUGAUAGUGGGUAUCUUUGGGCAUUUGGGCAACCUAGUCUCCAAUUUUUAUGGUUCAAUAUAGGAAUUUUUAUCAAAUUUUCCGUGGUUACGAACCUUUCGUUUGUGUAUGCAGGGGUACUGUUUAAACGAUUAUGUAAGUUAAUUUGCCGUCUAGUUGUCCAAACCGGGAUAUUAUUUGUUCUAGGUAUUUGAUCAGCUACGGGGUCAGUAUAUGAAAUGCUUUGUCGGUCGGUUUUGUAUUGCACUUAUAACAUGAAUCUUUUGUUCAUCUCAAUUUCAUGUUUGCAACCAUUUUGUGACAGUGCAUGGCAAGAUAUAACAUUUUCUUUUGUGUUAAAUUCAGAUCAGAAAUCGUACCAGGUCCAGAUGGAGAUCAUGAUAAAACUGAUGUCUGCUUACAUCCAAGUGAACAUGUACCUGUAUGUGCUAUAUAAUGUAGAUAUUACCAGUAUAGAUGCUUUAAUGUCUUUAAUAUAUGAUAGCCUAAGUUGCAAGCUACUUAUUUAGUGACACACUUUAUUUAAUCUCAGGAACUAGAAUGUGAUGUUCACACUGUUGAAUGUGAUGAUUGUCAUGAACGAUUCCCUGCCCAAGAAGCCAUGGAGCAUAACAACACUUGUCGUGGUGGGACUUCUGGAAUUUCUGAAAGAAGGUACUGCUUGAGCAGUAAAACAAUGAAGAGUGCAUAAAGUCUAUUAAAUAAGUUAACUAUGGUCCAGCUAUUGUUUAACUAUGUGUAAUAUAUGCACUAUGCACAUGAAUUAAGCCUCAUAAAUCUCAAUACCCCUGACAUUUGCCGUAAUAUGCUUAGAAGCAAAUUGUUUUCAUUUGGGUUAGUGAAUUUCAUUUUUUCACUUUGUAUUUACUUUUUGCAUAUAGUAACAGUGCUGGUAGAAUAACACAUUAUUUUGAGGCAACUUCAACACAUGUACCUGACACUUCAGAUGCUGGUAAGUUUCCUGGCUUUUGAAUUUAUUGCAUGGUUUAGCCGGCAAAUUACUAAAGGCCCUGUCACACUAUUGCGUAUCGUACUAGCGUAUGUCAGCGUAUGAAAAAUAUCACUCAUACGCAGGUAUACGCUGACAUACGCUAGGGGUACGUUAGGCAUAGGUUGUAUACGUUUCAAGCACGGUCGCGUACGGUGGCAUACGGCGCGGCAAAAAAUUUUUUAAGCAUGCUCAAAAAUUUUGUGCGUAUCGGAUGAAUGCUUUAUACGAUAAGCAUACUCUAGGCACACGCUGAAUACACUAGAGUUACGCCAGAUGUACGGUACUCAUACGCUGGCAUUUCAAAGGAUUUUGGUGCGUAUGAAAAUUAUUUCAUUAAUUUUCAUACGCUUCUCCUACGUUUCUCUCAUACGCAAUAGUGUGACAGGGCCUUAACAGAACAAUGCACCCUUUCGAUAACUACGUUAUUUGGCCCGGGAGCCUCGCUCUUGUGAAUCGUCAGCCAAUCGUCUUGUGUCUUCUACUAAUGCGAGCAAUGCUCCCAGGCCAAAAGAGCAUUAGUGACGUAAUUAUUGAAAGGGUGUAUAGGAACACAUGUUCUCACAUUGUACUUAUCUAAACUUCCGUAUAACUCUGUCAGUUUUGUAUUAUGCAGCUGUUAACAGUAUCAAAAUUAUCCUACCAUCAAUGUCAGCAUCAAAGAUUUCGACAGCAUUGGAUGUCUCGAAUGGAAAUCUUCAAGAAGCAGUUGAACUACUACUGUUGGGUGAUGAAGAUGGUUAGUAUGAUCACAGAAAUGUACUAUUAAUACUGUACUACAAAGAAAGGGCACAAUGGUAUUUAUAAUACAGAAAUGCUAUAUUUUAGCACAUUAGUCAUAAGAUUGCAACUGUAGCCCUUUACACGACAUGAUUUUUUGGCAUGACCUUCACCGUUUUGGCCUGCAGACCCAUUUUUGGGACAGGCCCUCUAUAAACGCAAUAUUAAGGGUUCGUGGACUCAAAACCGCACAUAGGUAUUCGUAAGACGAAUAGCUGCAGCUGCACCGCAGCUAUACGAAAUUUUUGACCAAAGCCGUUUUAUAAUUUGCAUGAAAUUUUUAUGUCUCGCAGGAAAUAUUUGUCGACCUAAGCACAAAAAUAAGCUAUAAAAAAAUAAGCUACUAAAUUAUGGUCUGAAUCAGUUUGGGUGGAUCACCAAUUUACUGUGAGAUAUUGUCUCUUUAAGGUGGUCAAUCAGAUGCCAGUCUCACGGGAGAAAGCCUUAUUGAAUUACUAAAGCAGAUGCGGCCCAUUCCAGGAGCACCAAAACGUCUGACAAUAAGCAGAGCUUCCGUUUUUGAAGACAGCGUCGCCUUAUUCAAGCAGCGAGACUUCGAUUUCACUGUACCAAUAAAGAUCACGUUUGAAGGAGAACCUGCAAUAGACGGUGGAGGGCCUGUGCGAGAGUUUUUCACAAUUCUAAUGAGAGAACUAUUGUCUCCAUCGUUAACAGUUCGCCUGUUUGAAGGAAAAGAUCCUAGUUUCAUCCCUAUUCACAAUACAGAUGCCUUACGUUCUAAUUUAUUCAAGGUUGCAGGGAAAAUGGUGACAGCUUCAGUGUGUCAUGGUGGUCCUGGUUUGCCAGUAUUCCCUAAGGCAGUAUAUUCGUAUUUCCAGGAUCCCAAUCCUGACAUUGUUAUCGAUGAGAUUACUAAAGAAGAUCUCGUAGACAUGGAAGUAAUCGAUGCAGUCAAUAAGGUAAAAUCUAUACGACCAUAGCAUGCCAGGAAUUUUCAUGAAAUCUGAAAUGUGCAUUAUAUAAAUAAUUAAAAACACAUGACAAGCUGGGUUUCUGUAUCAACCCUUUCUUUAAUAAAAGACUUCCAAAGCUGCCAAAAACAAUCUCGUUAUAAUUUCAUGCAUGGUUUAAUACCGAACAGUUGCCCCAGUUUGAUGGAUAUCAAUGUCUGGGUUACAUAUAUGGUAUAAGUACAGUAUAUAAAAAAUGCGAUGGUAUAUGUAUAAGUAUUUCAAAAACUCAUUAAUAAUUCAUGAAGCAAUUAUCCAAUCUUGAGUAAGAAAUUAGUCACGUGCAUACGUCUUUAUACCAGCUAAAGAACACUUUAACAAAAACCAUUGUUAUGCAAACUAUAUAAAGAUUUUUAUAUAAAGAUUUUUAUAUAAAGAUUUGACUUAUUACGCAUACGUUUUUGAAGUCAUUUAAAAAACUCGCGGGUCGUGUUUUAUUAGGUCUAAAGCCACUCGCGCUGCGCGCUCGUGGCUUUAAACCUAAUAAAACACUCCUGCUCGUUUUUUAAAUAGUACAUAAAAAAUGCGAUGGUAUAAGUAUAUAUUAAAAAAUGCGAGUUCAGUUAUGAUACACAACUUAUUCAACCAAUGUUGCCCUUGCAAAGUCAAAACUCAAAACCUCGACCUCUAAGCUCAAAAGGCACUAUGGACGUGCUUAACUCCAUGCUUAAUUCUAUUUGUCCGUAACACAGCUUGGUGGACUCGAGCUUGGUGCGGAGUUAAAGCGCCAGGCAUACGUCGAUGCUGGUACCCGUAAUGCUUUCGCGCUUGGAGGUAGAGGUUUUGACAAUAAAAUAAAGAUCCAUAUAGAAGGGCCACUUACGUCGGAAGCUUUGAAGUUUCUGUCCUCGCGCAUUACGCAUGUUGGCCGCCAUUUUCCUAGCCAGUCAAUGACAUUUUCUGGCCAAUAAACACGCUGUACUGGCUGGCUGCUCCGCCUUCUGGCCAGUAAACUGCAUAUUUUUGCAUAAAAAAACGCGGACACGUUGCACCGCUGAGUGGCCCUUCUGUUACUGAUCUUUAUUCUGUGGUUUUGACAGUGUGAAGACAAGCUUAAUUGAAUUAGCUGUAUAAAAGUACAAUAGUGUGCACAUACUCCUAAUGUAAUGUUAUCUAGUUGGACGAUGUCAAACAAGAAGAUGUUGCCACGUUAGCAACGGAGUUACAGGGAAUGUUUAUAGAAGCUGGAUUUCCACACAUCCUAACAUUUGAAAACCGGUUUCAGGCCAUUAUGGCUCUGUGUCUUCAUUCGGUCAUCUUAUCCAGAAAAGCCGAGUUGGACCAAUUUAUAUCUGGUUUGGGUCCUCUUAUAAAUAUCGUACGUAAACAUCCUGAUCUUGCUGAGCCACUUUUUGUGGCAGGCCGUGUUAAACCUCCUACUGCUGAGGAAGUUCUCUCCCUGGUUGAAUAUGAAAACGUUGACGACAAACACAAGGAAUUCUUCCAGAAAUAUGUAAGGGCAGAAUGUAAGUACACUUUUUCCUUUAAUUAUAUAUUUAAUUAGCAUUUUUAGCGCACGUUAAUCUUGUUUGUUAAUACAGUACUAUGUAUAUUUCGAUUAUUAUAGCUACCAGACUGCCUGGUUUACUGAUGUUUGCUACAGGUUGCCGGGUAAUUCCACCAAUGGGAUUCUGUAACCCUUCUGAAAUAACUGUCCUGCAAAAUACUUCCUGUUUCCCAAAUGCAAAUACCUGUCCCUUGGAACUGGAAGUUCCAGGCCACGUGGAUGCGUAUGAAGACUUCAAAAGAAACAUGGAUUGUGCAAUAAAUGCUCAGGAGGUAGGAUUUGGCAUAAUCUAA